ACACUGCGAGAGGAAAAUAUGUGACAACUAGAAAGGCUUUCAAAACACAAGAUAGUGAGUAUUAGAGAGAAAGGCUACACAGAUACUACUGCAGCAUGGAUUUCACACUGGACUUUAAUAUUAUGAACCAAUCCAAGGCUUACAGUAAAUCAGGAUAAGAAGACAAGUCUGCAGUGUGCUUCUUUACUACAGAGCCUGCCAAGGCCCAUGACUUCACCUGCCCCUCCCCCACCAACGUGCUGUCUCGCGUCUGGACCAAUCAAGGGCUGAGUCUGCGCUGAGCACUCAAAACCUGAGGAAAACAGCAAAACAACAGUAAUCGGCCCUUUAAUCAGGCACUGUAAUGGCUUUUUAAAAGCAUGUCUAAUUCAUCUAAUGUGACCAGCCUGUGUGAUCUCUCCGACAGACUGUGUGUGGCAUGGGUAUAUGAACAAGAGGUCAUUGUGGUUCCUGCGCUGCUACUGGCAAUUACCCUGGGCACACUUUUAGCAUUGUGUUGUUUGCGCCUUUGUGCCAAAAACGAGGACGACACAGAUAAAACAUACAGUCAUCAUCACACACGACAGCAUCAAAGCAACACACACCAUCAAAGCAACACACACCAUCACAGCAACACACACCACCACAGCAACACUCAGCAUCAAAGCAACACACACAAUCACAGCAACACACACCACCACAGCAACACUCAGCAUCAAAGCAGCAGACACCACCGCACAAGCAGGCAGCACCUGCAGGGCAUUGAUGCUCCUCCAGAGUUUAACCCGCUGGAGUUUGAGGCUGUCCCUAUGACUGAGCAAACCCUGAACCGGCGCCCUCAGCCUGCAGUACCGCCGCUGACCACAGAGAGGCAGCAGGGCUCCUUCCAGCUCAUCACCCCGCUGCCUCUAUCCUUUGCGGUGAAGCCCAAUAAUAACGUGACUCUGUACAGAGCCAGCAUGGACCGCAGACCUGUGGUCCUACGAGUUCUGAGCGAAACAGCAAAUGCCAGAGAGCGGCAGUCGUUUCUGGGCUUUGCUCGCUUCCUCUCAGAGCUUGGACCUCAUCCAUGCCUGCCUGCCCUGCUGGGUGUGGUGACUGUGAGUUCACCACUGAUCACAGUGAUAGAAGACCUGGAAAACAGAGACCUGCUGGCGUUCUUAUGGAGAUGCAGACAGGACCACCACACUGUGGGAUUACCAUGUGACCUAACAGAGAAACGGAUUUUCACAAUGGGAGGACAGGUCGCCUCUGCUCUGGAGUAUCUGCACAGUAAGAACUGCAUCCAUGGUAACGUUGGGGCUCGGAGUGUCCUGGUUGGUCGAGAUCUCUCAGUGAAGCUGUGGGGUUUAGGCCCAGCUUUCCGUAUGAGUACAGAGACUGGCACAGCGGAGGAAGUGGAGGAAAUGGAGUUGAGGAAGUGGCAAGCUCCAGAGGUGUUAGCACGUCGACCUGUCAGUUACAGCAGUGAUAUAUGGUCAUUUGGUAUCUUGCUGUUUGAAAUGGUAACUUUAGGAGAUCCUCCGUUCCCUAGAAUAAUGGCAAGUGAACUCUUGCAGUACCUACAGAGGGGGAAAACCUUAAGGAGACCACCAAACUGCUCCAACUCACUAUACUCCAUCAUGAAGGACUGUUGCCAGUGGAGGCCACAGGAACGGCUCUCGCUGACUGAAGUGAUUUCAAAGCUAAAGUCAGGUGAGAGAAAUGCUAAUGACACGGUGGUUCUCCGUGUGCCUGAGGCACUGGACAUUGGGACGUACAUGCGAGAAGCAGGCUAUGGAGAAUCCUACAACUAUGCAGUUGUCUAACAACAUCUUGGGAUUUCUUUAUCUUCUUCUUCUUUAUAUUCUUAAUGCACUUGAUUUGCACAUGGACAGCUUAUGUUUCUGCUGCUACUACCAAGCAACAUCUUACAAAACUUAGAGAGUGAACAACACAGAUAUUCAUGGAACUUCCCUGUGUCUGUAUUAGUAAAGCUCAGUAAAGCUGCACCAGAGAGGAAUAACAAGGCUAAAGGCACAGGGGACAGAGAAAUACAUAAGCCAUGUGUUGUGUUCAUGGCAGGGAUUCCAAAUGGCAUUUUCUGCAGGAUGAUGCUUACCCACACACAACAAGGGUCUCCCAGGACCUGUUACCAGUUACCAUUCUUUCACCUCAAAAAUAUAGCACUUACUUGGUCUACCAUCACGUACCUUUAACAAACUGCAGAUUGUGCAGAAUGCAGCUGCAACAUAUCUCACCCAUACCUAAAAACAUACAAUAAAAACAUCCCUGUAUCAUAUUUAAUUACUUAUAAGGCCCUACACUGCACCGGUUUACCUUUCAGAACCUUUAACUCCAUAUUUCCCGCCCCGAUGCUUGUGCUCACCGAGCUCUGGCUAACUUGUUAAACCAAAAAAUCAGUUCCACGGAAAUAUCCGAGCUGCAGGCAGUAUAAAGUCUUUUUUUAUCUUUAUUUAUAAGUUAUCUUUUUAGGGAAGAGUUUAUGGCUGCUAAUAUACUUGGAUACCCUUAUGUAUGUUACUUUUGUCCUUUUAUUUGUUGUACAUGUCUUUCACCUGCACAGGUACUUGUUGUACAGGUGUUUUUUUUUUUUUACCUGCGCUGUUCUUGUGCUUGUAUGCAAGCUUGUCUUUAUGCAUUUUACCUUUUGUUUAUGCCUGUGUUGUUAAACACUUUGAGUUUUUAGGAAAGGCACUAUAUAAAUAAAUUGUGAAAGAGAGAAGGGAUACCUAUUGUCAUUUAUGCUGACGACUAAUUUACUGGAUAUUUCUAAAGCUUUAGCUAUUCUUUUUUCCUCCAUUGAUUACUGUAAACAUGUGGUCAUUUUUGUAUUUUAUAUCUACUGUUCACUUGGAAGCCUGUUAAGCUGGCUGCCAGGACUUAUUGUACAGGCUUCUGUUGCUCUGGUUGGAUUAAGCUAAACCAGUUUCCCCAUCUACGAACUUGAACAGGCAUCUUUGUGUACAUUAAAUGAAGUAGAACCUCUUGCAACGUGUCAAAGUGCCAAAAUGUCACAAGAUGCAAAGUUUGUACUUCAUCUGUGUUAAGGCAUAAUUUUAUACACCAUUCCUGAAACUUCACAUGGGGGAGAAUGCAAUUAAAUGUAAAUAAUUACAAUUUUCUCUCUGAUAUUGUAGUGGGACCCUAAGCUGUACUGUGAUAUCAGUCAUGGUCACGUCCGUUAAAAUAAUAUUUAUAUGCAUAUUUAUAUGUUUUGGAAUGGAAAUAAACUUUGUCAUUAAUCA